AUGAGUAAAAAAUCUUCAAGAGCAAAGAAGGGAGACGGCAACGUCCCCAAUUUCGUAUUUAAACUGGGUGGAGACGCACCCUCUUCUCCAUCAUUCAAUUUCUCUGGAAGUCAACCUGGAAGUCCUGCCGCAACAUCCACAGGCGCCUUCAACUUUUCAUCGAGUAAUCCAGCAAGUCCAGUUACGACAGGCAGUUUCAAUUUUGGAGGAGGAGCUAGUUCGCCAGCCACUACAUCAACUCAACCGUUUGUAUUUGGCGAUCCUGCAGCCUCUUCACCUACGGCAAACAGUGCAUUCAAUUUCAAUUCACCCAAUACUUCUGCAUCAGCAUUGCCCGGCUUUGGAUCACAAGUACCAGGAACCGCAUCUCCCACUAUCAAAAGACAUGUGUCAGAGAUCAACUCAUUGACUGCACCACCAGAUCGUUCAAGUUCUCUUAGACGUUCUGCUUCAGAAAUCACAUUUGGAGCAUCCAGUAAUCCAUCUACGCCACCUGCUGCUGGUAAUUCAGCAUUCAGUUUUAGCACACCUGCUGCUCCUCCAUCGACAGGCACACCUGCUUUCAACUUCAAUGCACCUGCUGGCAGUUCCUCCACCACGACACCUGCUUUGAAUAUUGCACCCCUCAAUACUCAAAAUUCUGCAAACUCAUUUGGAUCAUCAUUGAGUGCAACUAGUCAAACUUCAUCUGCUUCCGCUGUUCCAACUGCUCCCACUGUAACAUUUGGAUCAUUUGGAUCUCCCAGCACCGCGCCAAAUGUCAGUGCUGCUGCUGCUCCUGCCUCUCCAGCCUCUGCAUUCAGUUUCAAUGCACCAAAGUCUACUACCGGCACCGCCGCACCUGCUACAUCCGCAUUUUCAUUUGGAGGUACGCCGGGUACUGCAUUCUCAGCUGCUGCUGCUGCUCCAUCUACCACUGCUACUAGUAGUACCUCAUCUCCCUUCAGCUUCAAUAAGCCUGCGGGAUCUACAACUGCAUCUACUGACAAACCAGCUGCUCCAGUUAUCUCUUUUGGCGCACCAGCAACUUCCACCUCAGCCACGCCUCAGACCUCUGCACCUGCUGCACCUGCUAGCUCUGGUUUUGGUGGAUUUUCUUUUAAUAAACCUGCCGAGACUCCCAAAGUAUCAGCGGCUACAACUUCGGUAUCUACUGCCACACCUACAUUUACAUUCAGCACACCUGCUAAAGCAUCUGAUGAUAAGGGAAAGUCGGCUACAACUACACCAUCUUUGACAUUUGGAUCCAACAAGCCAGCUACAUCAGCCGCUGCACCAUCCAGCACAGCAUCUACAUUUAGUUUCAGCAAACCUACACCGGAUGCUACUUCUUCCUCUUCAACAACCACCGCAGCCACCACAUCUACUGUGCCCACGCUUUCAUUCGGUAAUGAUAAAGAUAAAAAGGAGGAGGGUAAAUCCACAGUGACCAGUAGCCCAUUCAGCUUUAGUGCUCCUGCUACAACAUCUGGCAGUACCACUACCGCGCCAGCCAUCACUGUAGAUCCUAGCAAACCCAAUCCUUUUGCUUUUGAAAAAGUGUUGGAUGAUUUGGCCAAGAUUGCUGCUCAACCACCUAGUCAGAUGUACGCAUCAUUAAUAACACCAGCAUUGGCCGCCACAAUACAGCAAAACCAAGUAGUCAAUCACACCAGCUUUCGCAUUGAUAACAUCAUGUCUACCACACGUUUUACAGAGCUCCCAGAGCAAGCACAAAAGGAAUUAGAUGAAUUAGAAAAGUAUAUCAAGAUGGAGAGUCAACGAUGCGAGUAUAUUGGAAAACAAAAGAUGCCUCAGCAUUUAGACGCUAUGGAUAAUGCUAGAAAGAACACCGAAAUAUUGUCACAGCAAUUGGAUGCGCUCUCGAGUACACUCAAAGUCCGUAUGGCGAAUGUGGAAACCUUAUAUGAUGCCGUCAAGGAGCAACUACGACACGCUAAUGAUGGCUGUGCUGUGUUGGAAGCAUGCAAACAUCCUGGAAACAAUGCAAGAUGGCUGUUUGGUUAUUCUGAAGAUGAUGAUUACUUUUCUCAAUUAGCAAGACAAUUAAAUGGUAGAGUUGAAGAGUACAAGAGAUGUAUUUGGGAGGUUGAACGCACUGCUGAAUCAUGGACACAAAACAAGGUUCAAUCACCUCAAGAUAUUGCCGUUAUCAUGCGUAACCAGAACAAAGCCUUUUUGGCCUUGUCAAAUAAGGUUGCCUCAUUGCAUGAAACUGUCAAUGCUGAAAAGAAUUAUUAUUACCAAUACUUGAAAAUGUAUUCCUAA